AUGGCCGUCCCUCCGCAGUUCAAGGCCCACCGGCUCGUGUUCACCGACCUGAACAAGGCCGUGGCCGCGUCCGCUGAGCCGCUGCACACGCUCGAGGUCUUCCUCGACUACGUGUGCCCGUACUCGGCCAAGUUCUUCAACACGCUGGUGCAGGGCGUGGCGCCACAGCUGGCAGCCAACCCGACAGGCCCGGGCAGCCGGCUGCAGGUGGUCUUCCGCCACCAGGUGCAGCCGUGGCAUCCGAGCAGCACGCUGGUGCACGAGGCCGGCCUGGCCGUGCAGCGCGUGGCCGCAGCGGCUGGCAAACCGCAGCUGUUCUGGGACUUUAGCACGGCACUGUUUGCCGACCAGAAGGCCUACAUGGACGUCAACGUCGUCGCCGAGGGCCGCAACGCGACGUACCGGCGGCUGGCAGCGCUGGCGGCCUCCAGCACCGGCGGCGCCGUCGAUGCCGACACCAUCUACGAGCUGCUCGCCAUCCCCGACAAGCCGGCGGCCGAUGGGACCGUCAAUGUCGGCAACGCCAUCACCAACGACCUCAAGUGGACGAUCAAGUAUGCCCGUCUGCUCGGCGUCCACGUCAGCCCGACCGCCAUCUUUGACGGCGUCGUAGCCAACGACAUCUCCUCGUCCUGGACCGUCGACCAGUGGCUCACCUACCUCGACAAGAACGCAGUCUAA